UGCACACCUCCGCCCUCGUCGACUCAGCUUCCCUCCCCAUUCUCUCCACGAAGCAGACGGCGACGUUCUCCUCCCCCCCUUCCUUACGCAAUGUCUGAAUCCUCAGUUUCCGGCCAGGGCAUCGUCACUCGCCCGCUCCUAAUCCAAUCCGGCUCCAUUAGAAUUUCCAUUCCGGUCUCCACUGAGGCGGACGAGUGGACUGCUGCAGAAGUCCUAAGAGAUGAAUUCACGCACGUUCAGACGACAGACGACUCCAUAGACACCACUUCCCAGCUCGAAAAUGCGACCGAAGCGAGCGUAGAGCUCUUCUCACGCUUCUUGGGCUUCACCGCUGGAAAACUAGACCAGGACGCGCAGUCCGCGGCGGCGCGUAUCUCCAUUCUCCACAAAGCACUCAAGUACUUUACCGCGUCCUAUCUAGCUAGUCAAGACAUUCACGUAAUUGUCGCCGCGUUCGACACCGAGGUCCGCAAGACGGUCCUCGCUUCCUACUUCCAGGCACUCGCUGCCCUCGAGGCAAAGAACGUCUCCGAUAUACCUCGCGCGCCCUCGAGCGCCCUCCUUUCAGCGGCUACGCGGGGUCACGCGUCCAUCUACGCGCUCUUCGGAGGCCAGGGGACCAACGAGGUCUACUUCGACGAGCUUCAAACUCUCUAUGACACUUACAAGCCAUACGUUGCUGCCUUCCUCACUACUGUCACUUGCGAAGUACUCUCUCCCCUCGUUGAAGAGUCCGAGGAAGAGACCCUCUACACUCACGGCCUCGAUGUAGUCUCUUGGCUCACCGGCUCAUCUCCACGUCCUUCAGUCGCCUACCUCGCCUCCAUACCCGUCUCGUUCCCCCUCAUCGCCCUAACUCAGCUCACGCAGUACUUGGUCGUAUGCCGUGUAGCUCAACUCACCCCUGGUGACCUUCGCUCCCGCUUGCAGGGUGCUACCGGCCACUCUCAGGGUCUCGUGUCCGCUUUGGUUGCGGCUGCAUCGACGUCCUUCGAGUCUUUCUACGAGAAUGCGGCAAAGGCCCUAAGAUGGUCGUUCUACUCUGGUCUUCGUGGACAACAAGCAUUCCCAGUCCUCGCCCUCGAGCCCAGCAUCGUGCAGGAUUCUAUCGAGGGUGGUGAGGGUAGCCCUACUCCCAUGCUGUCUAUCACCGGUCUUUCCCUCAAGGACCUUGAGGGUCACAUCGCGAAGACGAACAAGCACCUCCCUGACAACUCGAAGAUCGGCGUGUCACUCAACAACGGCCCGAAGGCUUUCGUCGUGACCGGACCCCCUCGUGCUCUCUAUGGUCUCGUCACCAGUCUUCGGAAGAUCCGCGCCCCCAGUGGACUCGACCAAAGCAAGAUACCCUUCUCGCAGCGUAAGCCCGUCUUCUCCGUCCGUUUUCUGGUGGUCGGCGUGCCGUACCACAGCAAGUACCUCGAGGCUGUUACCGACGAAGUCUUGGAGGAUCUUGAGAGCAAGGAGUUAUGGACGAAGGAGGACCUCGGUAUCCCAGUGUUCCACACAGAGGAUGGCUCCGAUCUGCGCUCCGUGUCCGGUUCUCUGACUCGCUCUCUGUGCGAGCAGAUCUUCACUCAAGCCAUCCACUGGUCCAAGGCGACGAACUUCCCCGAGACCGCUACACACGCUGUUGACUUCGGUCCCGGCGGACUCAGUGGUAUUGGUCCGCUCACCUCCCGCAACAUGGAAGGUCGCGGUGUCCGCGUUGUCGUUGUUGGUGACAAGGCCAAGGGUCCUGCCGAGCUUUUCGACGCUCAGAACAUCAAGACUGAGCAGUGGUGGGUCAAGAAGUUCUCUCCGAGCCUCGUCAAGACGAGCGACGGUACCAUCCAUAUUGACACUCCGUUCUCCCGUCUCCUCGGCAAACCGCCAAUCAUGGUAGCGGGCAUGACGCCCACGACUGUCAAAGCUGGUUUCGUCAGCGCUGUUCUCGACGCUGGGUUCCAUAUCGAGCUUGCGGGUGGUGGUCAUUACAACGCCUCUGCUCUACGCUCGAAGGUCGCCGAGAUCCAGGCCAAGAUCCCUGCCGGUGUCGGUAUCACCCUCAACGCGCUAUAUAUCAACCCUCGCCAGUUCGGCUUCCAGUUCCCGCUUUGGCAGGAGAUGCGUCGUGAGGGCCUCCCUAUCGAGGGUUUCUGUGUUGCGGCCGGUAUUCCCAGCACGGAGAAGGCGGCUGAGAUCAUCGGCGCUCUUCGCAACGCUGGCAUCAAGCACGUCUCCUUCAAGCCAGGUUCAGUCGAUGGCAUUCGCCAGGUCGUGAACAUCGCUGCUGCGAACCCCGACUUUCCUAUCAUCAUGCAGUGGACAGGUGGUCGUGCCGGAGGUCACCACUCUUGCGAGGACUUCCAUCAGCCAAUCAUCUCCACGUACGGCGCAAUCCGCCAACACCCCAACCUCAUUCUUGUCGGUGGCUCUGGCUUCGGUGGUGCUGACGACCUCUGGCCGUAUCUCACUGGUGACUGGUCUGUUGAGAGGUACGGACUCCAGCCCAUGCCCUUCGACGGCUUCCUCUUCGCCAGUCGUGUCAUGGUUGCCAAGGAGGCGCACACCAGUUCUUCGGUCAAGGACCUCAUUGUUGCCGCGUCCGGUGUCGACGAUGCGCAGUGGGAGGGCACCUACGCGAAGGAGACUGGCGGUAUCCUCACAGUCCGCUCGGAGCUCGGCGAGCCCAUACACAAGAUCGCUACUCGUGCUGUCAAGCUUUGGAAGGAGUUCGACGACACUGUCUUCAAGCUGCCCAAGGAGAAGCGCCUUGCUUGGGUCACUGAGCGCCGCUCGGAGAUCAUCAGCAAGCUCAACCGCGACUUCGCAAAGCCUUGGUUCGGCUGGAAAAAGGACGGCACAGUUGUUGAGGACAUUGCGGACAUGACAUACGAGGAGGUCGUUCUCCGUAUGGUUCGCCUGAUGUACGUCUCGCACCAAGAGCGCUGGAUCGACUUGUCCCUCCGCAACCUCACCGGUGAUUGGCUCCGUCGUGUCGAGGAGCGUUUCGCUGGUCUCAACAACGGCCAGAAGGCGUCCAUCUUGCAGUCGUACUCUGCGCUCGACAAGCCGACGGACUUCAUCGAGAAGUUCUUCAAGGAGUAUCCGGCUGCGACUGAGCAGAUCCUCGCCGCCGAGGACAGGGCCUACUUCCUCGCUAUCUCCCAGCGCCCUGGCCAGAAGCCCGCGCCCUUCAUCCCUGUGCUCGACGCGAAUUUCGAGGUGUGGUUCAAGAAGGACUCGCUUUGGGCUGCGGAGGACAUCGACGCGGUCUUCGACCAAGAUCCUCAGCGUGUUUGCAUUCUCCAGGGCCCCGUCGCGGUCAAGCAUUCGAAGCUCAAGGAUGAGCCCAUCAAGGACCUCCUCGGCAACAUUACUACGCUUCUCGUCGACAGGCUCGUCGAGCGUCUGUACAACGGCGACAAGUCGAAGAUCCCGACCGUUGAGUACCUCAGCCCCUCUCCUCGCUCUGUGCGUUCCACCGUCGUCCCCUCUGUGUCCGGCAACACUGCGACCUAUGUUAUCGGCGAGUCUGUGCCCGAGACUUCUGCUUGGCUUGAGACUAUCGCUGGUCCUGAGCUCGGCUGGGCCCGUGCUCUCCUCACCUCGACGACCAUUGUUCAGGGCACCGCUUACAUCGACAACCCGCUCCGCCGGCUCUUUGCUCCUCGUCGUGGCCAGAAGGUCAUCGUGGAGUCCGACGGUGCUCGGCCCAUCAAGAUCACCCUCUAUGGCGCUGCGCGUUCGUUAGGCACACACGACCCCUCGUUCAAGGCUGUUGAGACUGUCUUCGACGCGUCGACCUCCACCAUCAACGUCACCAUCUUCGAAGAGCGUAGCGGGAGUGCUGUUCCCCUCCACCUCCGCUACCUCUACAAGCCCGCCAUGGGUUUCGCGCCCAUACACGAGAUCGCGGAGGACAGGAACAAGCGCAUCAAGGAGUUCUACUGGAAACUCUGGUUCGGUGACAACGAGGUCCUUCCUGAGAUCAAUGUCCGCGACGUCUACACUGGUCCCGAGGUCACCAUCGACGAGGAUGAUAUCGAGACCUUCUGCGCUGUCGUGGGGAACCAGGGCGAGGCGUUCAAGUCCGUCCGCAACGAGACGCCUCUUGCUCCCAUGGACUUUGCCAUAGUCACUGGUUGGCAGGCUAUCAUGAAGGCGAUCUUCCCCGCGUCCAUCGACGGAGAUCUCCUCAAGCUCGUCCAUCUUUCCAACGGAUUCCGCCUCCUUGGGGGCGCCAAGUUGCUCAAGGCCGGCGAUGUUUGCAAGGCUGAGGCUCGCAUCGUUGGUGUCUCGAACAGCGACGCAGGGAAAACUGUCAAGGUCAAGGGCUUCGUGACACGCGACAACGAACGCGUCAUCGAGGUCGUUUCUUCCUUCCUCUAUCGUGGUCGCUUCAAUGACUACGAGAACACGUUCGAGGUGACCGAAGAGCCGGACUACCUUGUCGAGCUCCCCACGGAAGCGUCUGUUGGCGUCCUUCAGUCGAAGGAGUGGUUCGAUUGGGACGACGAGACCAAGCCCCUCCAGGCCGGUACUAGCCUGAUCUUCCGUGUCCGUUCGGAGGUGACCUACCGCAACAAGACCUGCUUCAAGGUUGUCAACGUGUCGGGCGAGGUCUAUGUCCGAGACCAGAUCAAGCGCCUUGUCAAGGUCGGCUCUGUCGACUUCCUUCAGGAUGACUCCCGCGGAAACCCGGUCGUCGAGUACCUCAAGCGCCACGGCGCGCCCCAAGGCCUCGUUAGUCCCCUCUCGAACGAGGGCUACACCUUGACACAGAGCACAAGUGCGGCUUUCAACUCUCCUGCGAGCAAUGAGCCGUACUCGAAGAUCUCCGGCGACUUCAACCCCAUCCACGUUAACCCCUACUUCUCCGACUACGCUGCUCUCCCAGGAACAAUCACCCAUGGCAUGUGGUCUAGCGCUGCUACUCGCCGCUACGUCGAGAACGUCGUCGCGCAAGGCCGACCGGACCGUGUCGUCGCUUACGAUGUCUCUUUCGUCGGCAUGAUUCUUCCCCGUGACGAACUCCACGUCAAGAUCAAGCACAUCGGCAUGCGCGAUGGCAAUCUUGUUGUCAAUGUUGAGACGUCGAACGACCGCGGCGAGAAAGUGCUCGUGGGGACUGCUGAGGUUGCUCAACCAACCACUGUCUAUGUCUUCACCGGUCAAGGCUCUCAGGAGCCCGGUAUGGGUAUGGAGUUGUACAACACCUCUCCAGCGGCGCGCUCGGUCUGGGAGGCCGCUGAUGCUCACUUGACCGCGGUUUAUGGCUUCUCGAUUGUCGAGAUCGUCAAGAACAACCCGAAGGAGAAGACCAUCCACUUUGGUGGUAUCAAGGGUCAAGCGAUUCGUCAGCGGUACAUGGACAUGACCUACGACACGAUGGACAAAGAAGGCAACGUCAAGACGCUUCCGCUCUUCGGGGACAUCAACGUCCGUACCCAACGCUACACCUUCAGUCACCCCAACGGUCUGCUUUUCGCUACCCAAUUCGCUCAGAUUGCUCUCGUGGUGACGGAGCGUGCCGCAUUCGAAGACAUGCGCUCCAAGGGGCUCGUGCAGAAGGACUCCGCGUUCGCCGGCCACUCGCUGGGCGAGUACUCUGCGCUCGCUUCGAUUGCCGACGUCCUCCCCAUCUCCUCCCUCGUCGAUGUCGUCUUCUACCGUGGUAUCACCAUGCAACGCGCCGUCGAGCGUGAUGCUGAGAACCGCUCCAACUACGCUAUGUGUGCCGUCAACCCGAGCCGUAUCUCGAAGACUUUCAACGAUGCGGCCCUUCGUGAGGUCGUCGACAAUAUCGCGUCGCGCACCGGUUGUCUCCUUGAGAUCGUAAACUUCAAUGUCGAGGGUCAACAAUACGUCUGUGCUGGAGAGCUCAUCGCACUUCAGACCUUGACCAAUGUCCUGAACUACCUGAAGAUGGAGAAGAUUGACAUUUCCAAGUUGACCGAGAAGUUCACCGUUGAUCAAGUGAAGGAGAUGCUCGGCGAGAUUGUCAACUCUUGCUACGCGAAGGCGAAGGAGCAGCAGGCGAAGGAGGGAUACAUCACCCUCGAGCGUGGCUUUGCGACUAUCCCACUUGCUGGCAUUGAUGUACCUUUCCACUCUCGCUACCUCUGGGCCGGUGUCAUGCCUUUCCGUGCAUAUCUCUCCAAGAAAAUCAACGCGGCCCACCUCAACCCCGACACUCUUGUCGGCAAAUACGUGCCCAACCUCGUGGCCAAGCCCUUCGAAGUUUCGAAGGAGUACGCGCAGUUGAUCUACGACCAGACCCUCUCGCCCCGCCUCGACAAGGUCCUGCGCAAGUGGGAUCAGGAGAACUGGGGCUCCGCGGAGCAGCGCCAGAAGCUCGCAUACGUGAUCCUCGUCGAGCUUCUCGCCUACCAGUUCGCUUCCCCCGUGCGCUGGAUUGAGACCCAGGACAUACUUUUCGCUCAUUACCGCUUUGAGAGGUUCAUCGAGAUCGGUCCCUCACCGACCCUCACGGGAAUGGCAACGCGUACUUUGAAGGCCAAGUACGAGGCCCAGGACGACUCCGUCACCCACCGCCGCGCGAUCUUGUGUCACGCUAAACAUGCUAAGGAGGUCUACUACCAGUUCGAGGACGAACCCGAAGCAGAUGCUCCUGCUUCAGAGGCGGCUGCUGACACUGCUACUCCCGCUCCGGUCGCUGCCGCCGCUCCGGUUGCGGCUGCUCCCACUGCCGCGGCUGCUAGCAUUGAGGACGUGCCGCUCAAGGCGGUCGAUGUUCUCGUCGCCAUCAUUGCUCAGAAGCUCAAGAAGAAGGUCGAUGAGGUCCCCCUUUCCAAGAGCAUCAAGGACCUCGUAGGUGGGAAGUCUACGAUGCAGAACGAGAUUCUCGGCGACCUCCAGCUCGAGUUCUCUUCCGCCCCGGAGAAGGGUGAGGAGUUGCCGCUUGAGGAGCUUGGGUCUGCCCUUGGUGUCGGCUUCGGCGGGUCCUUGGGCAAGUACACGUCUGGCCUUGUCUCGCGUCUCAUAGGUGCCAAGAUGCCCGGUGGCUUCAACCUCUCCGCCAUAAAGGCCUACCUGUCCAAAACCUGGGGUCUCGGUCCUUCUCGUGCUGACGGUGUGCUCCUUCUUGCGGCGACCACGGAACCGGCCAAACGUCUUGGUUCUGAGGCGGAGGCGAAGUCGUGGUUGGAUGGUGUUGUUUCUGUUUACGCUCAGCGCGCUGGCAUUUCGCUUUCUUCCGGUGCUGCUGCAGGCGGUGUGGGUGGAGGCGGCGGAGCGGUGAUCAACAGCGAGGAGUUCCUUAAGUUCCAAUCGGAUCAGGAGCGCUUCGCUGCUCAGCAAGUCGACCUCUGGAUGCGCUACCUCAAGCGCGACGUUCGCGCCGGCGAGAUCAAGUAUGACACCGAGAAGGCCAACACCGAGCGGCUGCAGUCGCGCCUGGACGCUAUCGCCCGAGAGCACGGGGACACUUACAUUGACGGCAUUCAGCCUGUCUUCGAUGCCUUGAAAGCACGACACUUCGACUCGUCUUGGAACUGGGUUCGUCAGGACGCCCUGCUCAUGUUCUACGACAUCGUGUUCGGCCGCCUCACUACCGUCGAUCGUGAAAUCACUGCCCGCUGCAUUGCCAUCAUGAAUCGUGUGGACGCCGACUUGAUCACGUACAUGCAAUACUACAUCGACCAAUGUGACCCGGAACGUGGCGAGACCUACAAGCUCGCGAAGCAGUUCGGCCAGCAGCUCAUUGACAAUUGUCGCGAGGUCGUUGACAAGCCCCCUUUGUACAAAGAUGUCACCUUCCCCACCGCUCCUCACACUGAGGUUACGGAGAAGGGCGAGAUCAUCUACAAGGAGGUCGUCCGCGAGAACGUCAGGAAGCUCGAAGCCUACGUUGAGGAAAUGGCAAGUCCCGAUGCUGUCGUCACUCCAACCAACAUCCAGAAGAUCCAGGAGGAUGUCCUGAAACUGUGGAAUGUCGUGAAGUCACAGCCGGAAAUCAGCGAGGAACAGAAAAACCGCAUCAAGGCCCUCUACGAAGGCGUUGUUCGGUCGCUCCGCAAGCGUCCCGAGUCUCGCACUCGCCACAGCGGUCCUCGCAGCCGUCGCUCUUCCUCUCAAUUCCUGCGUCCCCAAAUCUCCGGUAUCACGUCCGUAACUGCCGACAAAGUUCCUCUCCUCCAUCUCAAGCGUAAGGUUGGUACUACCUGGGAGUACAGUAGCAACUUGACUGGGGUCUACCUCGACAUUCUUCACGAGAUCGCAACCUCGGGCACGUCGUUCAAGGACAAGAACGCCCUGCUCACUGGUGUUGGCAAGGGUUCUAUCGGCGUCGAGAUUCUGAAGGGUCUUCUCUCAGGUGGAGCUCACGUCGUCGUCACCACGUCGCGUUACAGCCGUGCGACUGUUGAGUACUACCAGGGCAUUUUCCAGCGCUUCGGCAGCAAGGGUUCCGCCUUGACCGUCGUUCCUUUCAAUCAAGGUUCGAAGCAAGAUGUCGAGGCCCUCAUCGAUUAUAUCUAUCAGAACCUCAGCCUCGAUCUUGACUAUAUUUUGCCUUUCGCCGCAGUUCCAGAGAACGGGCGUGAAAUCGACGGUCUUGACGACAAGUCUGAGCUCGCCCACCGCAUCAUGCUGGUCAAUCUCCUCCGCCUCCUCGGUGCCGUCAAGAACAAGAAGGCCAGUCGUCACAUCGUCACCCGCCCGACUCAAGUCAUCCUUCCCCUCUCCCCCAACCAUGGAUUGUUCGGAAACGAUGGUCUCUACUCGGAGUCGAAGAUCUCUCUCGAGACCCUUUUCAAUCGCUGGAACAGCGAGAGCUGGGGAGAGUACCUCUGUCUCGCCGGUGCUGUCAUUGGCUGGACCCGUGGUACUGGCCUUAUGGAGGCGACGAACACCGUUGCUGCUGAACUCGAGGGCCACGGUGUCCGCACCUUCUCCGCGAAGGAGAUGGCCUUCAACAUCCUUGGCCUGAUGCAUCCGCUCCUUUUCAGCAUCACCCAGGUCGAGCCUAUUUGGGCCGACUUGAACGGCGGUAUGGACCGUCUUCCUGACCUUGCCGAGAUCACCGUUCGCAUUCGUGCGGAUCUCCAGAAGAAGAGCGACCUCCGCCGUGCUAUUGCCCGCGAUAAUGCUGCCGACUUCAAGACUAUCAAUGGUGUCGAGGCUGAGCGCGUUCUGCAGACUGUCAAUGUCACUCCCCGCGCCAAUUUCCAGUUCAGCUUCCCCACUCUCGAGUCCUCUGAGUCGCUGUCCCAGCUCUCUCAGCUCCGCGGAAUGUUGGACUUGGAGAAGGUCAUUGUGGUCACUGGCUUUGCUGAGGUUGGCCCGUGGGGUAGCUCACGUACCCGCUGGGAAAUGGAGGCUCGGGGCGAGCUUACGAUCGAGGGAUGCAUCGAAAUGGCCUGGAUGAUGGGCUACAUCAAACACUACGACGGACGCAUCAAGGAUGGUUCUCUCUACGUUGGCUGGGUCGAUGCCAAAUCCGGCGAGCCCGUCGACGACAAGGAUGUUCGUGGCCGUUACGAGAAGGACAUUCUCGCUCACGCUGGCGUGCGCCUCAUCGAACCCGAGCUAUUCCGAGGUUACGACCCGAAGAAAAAGGUGUUCAACCAGGAGAUCGAGCUCCUCCAUGACCUCGAGGCAUUCGAAGCGUCUCAGGUGGAUGCUGAGAAGUUCAAGUACGAGCAUGGUGACAAGUGCGAUAUAUGGGCCGGCGAAGGAGGUCAGUGGUUCGUCAAGUUCAAGAAGGGCGCGAGGAUCUUCGUUCCGAAGGCGUUCAAGUUCAGUCGUACUGUUGCUGGUCAGAUUCCGACUGGUUGGGACGCCGGUCGCUAUGGUAUACCCGCCGACAUCAUCGCUCAAACCGAUCGCGCCACUCUUUGGGCACUUGUUUGCGCUGCUGAGGCCCUCAACAUGUCCGGUAUCACUGACCCAUACGAGCUGUACAAGUACAUGCACCCGUCCGAAGUCGGCACUAGCAUCGGCAGUGGCAUGGGUGGUAUGGAGAGUUUGUCGCGCAUGUUCAAGGACCGCCGGGACGAGAAGGAAGUCCAGAACGACAUCUUGCAGGAGACCUUCAUCAACACAACUGCUGGCUGGGUCAACCUGCUGCUAUUGUCUUCUAGCGGUCCCAUCAAGAUUCCCGUCGGUGCUUGCGCCACUGCGCUGCAAUCGAUCGAGAUCGCAUGCGACACGCUUUUGUCGGGCAAGGCGAAGGUCAUGCUCGCAGGUGGUUUCGACGACCUGAGCGAGGAGGGUUCGUAUGAGUUUGCCAACAUGAAGGCAACCAGCAACGCAGAGACCGAGUUCGCCAUGGGUCGUGAGCCGACCGAAAUGUCCCGUCCCGCGACGACGACGCGCUCAGGAUUCAUGGAGGCUCAAGGAACUGGUGUCCAUGUCCUCAUGAGCGCGAAGACGGCGCUAGAGCUCGGUGCCCCAAUCCGUGGUAUCAUUGGCUUCACUUCGACCUCCACUGACAAGGCCGGCCGUUCUGUGCCAGCUCCCGGUCGCGGUGCGCUUUCCAUCGCACGUGAAGUGCAGUCGAAGCAUCCGCUCCCGAUCCUCGACAUCAGUUACCGUUCAAGGCAGCUCACAUACCGUCGGAAGCAGAUCGCGCAGUGGCUGGACAACGAGCGGCAACAGCUGCAAGAUGAGCUUGAGUUCCGCAAGAGCCGCGGUGACACUGUCGACGAGGAAUACGUCGCCAACCGCGUUGCCGACAUUGAGAAGGAGGCCGCUCGCCAGGAGAAGGACGCCAUCGCGACGUACGGCAUGCUCGAAGGCGUCGACCCUCGCAUCGCUCCAUUGCGCCGUGCACUCGCUGUUUGGGGUCUCACUGCGGAUGAUCUCGGUGUUCUGUCCAUCCACGGUACCAGCACUGGCGCGAACGAGAAGAACGAGACGCACAUCUGGAAUGACGUCUUCACCAAUCUCGGCCGAACGAACGGCAGCGCCGUGCCCAUCAUGGCACAGAAGAGCCUGUGCGGCCACUCGAAGGGUGGUUCCGCCGCAUGGCAACUCGCUGGUCUUCUCCAAAGCGUCGAGUCUGGUAUCAUUCCUGGCAACCGCAACGCGGAUAACAUUGAUGCGCUCUUCAAGCAACACCGUUACCUCAUCUUCCCUUCUCAGACGAUUCACACUGACGGCAUCCGUGCUGGCAUCAUGUCCUCCUUCGGUUUCGGGCAAGUCGGUGGUACCUGCAUGGUCAUCCACCCGAGAUACCUGCUUGCUGCGCUGGAGCCCUCGGUGUAUGAAGCAUACAAGGUCAAGAACCGUCGCCGUCAACGUCUGUGUUAUAAGGCGAUGAGUGAGAUGAUGACCUCGAACAACCUCGUCAAGGUCAAGGAUGCUCCGCCGUACAGCAAGGAGCUGGAGGGACCGGUGUUGCUCAACUCGUUGGCUCGGGCGUCAUACAAUCCGAAGACUGGCAGUUACGAAUUUGCUCCCAAGCAGGCCACAAAGCUCGAGGUCGACACGUCCAACGUCAAGGCCGUCUCCGAAGUGCUGGGUACCGUGUCCACCGCGGGUGUCGGCGUCGACCAGGAGCUCAUCUCCGCCGUGCCGUCCUGGAACCCGACAUUUGUUGAGCGCAACUUCACUGAUGCGGAGAUCGUCUACUGUCGUGCGCAGCCUUCUCCCGCGGCGUCCUUCGCUGCGCGCUGGGUUGGCAAGGAGGCCGUCUUCAAGUCGUUGGGUGUCGCGUCCAAGGGCGCAGCUGCUGCCAUGAAGGACAUCGAGAUUCUCCCCAAUGAGUCCGGUGUUCCGACGGUCAGCCUCCAUGGGGAUGCUAAGGCGGCUGCUGACGCCAAGGGCGUUUCGAAGGUCCACAUCUCUCUCAGCCAUUCUGAUACCACGGCUAUCGCUUUCGCUCAGGCUUCGUCAUGAGAACCAUCAUUCUCAUCACGUCACGUUUAGUGGACUUUGCACAGGUUUCAAUGUUGUCGUAGUAUUCGCAUAUCUGUACUAUGCUUACCGCAACUCACGUCUCUUCACGAUCAUGUAAUACUUCACGAAAUAGAUCCCUUUUACGUCUCUCGCUACACCCCGCAUGGAGUAGUUCAUGACGACGAGGGUGAGUACAGAUUGUGUUCAACGAUGUAUUCUGCUAUGCUACGUGGGACCAUCGAUUUCCAUGUCUCUUGGUGGCUAGCGAGCAUUUCGCGUACUUCGCUGCUGCUGUAAGUCCGCUCUUGCUCGCCAAUGUCGACGAAGGAUAUCCUAUUCGUGGGCAGAAUCUCUGAGACGAAUGCAGGAAGCUGACUCUCGACCUCCACUUCUUCCGCUGUCGAUAGACCCUUGCUGACACGCCGGGCACAUAUGAUACGUGAAUCGUUCUCAUCGGGGGAGAGGAAACGGCGUAAAGCGACGGUCAUGGCGUGCUCGUCCGCGUAGUAGCGAGGGGCGAAGAAGCGCACGAUGGUAUCCGUGCCCAUCAGAAAGGUCAACUUCGGAGAAGGGGGCUCUUCCGGAGGCGAAGAGAGCACGACGCCCGAGGGCUGUUGCUGUUGCAGAUCCGAGAUGCGUUGGCGGAGAAAGUCCAGCAGGAUGGCAGACUUGCCGACGAAGGUGGGCUCGUCGAUGAUCGCGACGGCGACGUUGGGGUCGUGCGUCUGUGCAGCAGGCUCGGAGGACGCGUUCGGGAGCUUGUGGGCUCUCGGACUUGAACGCGCGAGCUCGGCUGCGAGGAGGACCAUCAUCUCCGCGCGGUGCUCGUGCGUCGCGUCGCCCGGCUUGAGCUGCUUGUCGGCGUUGCGGACGGAGAGCAGAAGCAGUCGCGCAUCGAAGUCUUGCUGGCCCGCGGAGAGUGAUGCGUUUGGAGGAGGAGGGGUGGUGGCCAGCGCGAGAUGGG